AUGUUGGUUACCAAACUUCUUAAAUUAGAAAACGGUGUAACAAGUUUUACAGUUAUACCUCACCUAUGUCAUCUGUGUCGUAAAGCUUUCACGACAAGAUCGGAUUUGACUGAACACCUGCUUACGCAUGGAUAUGAAGCAAACAACGAGGAAGAAACUAUUGUUCCUGAUACGUCAACUGAAAAUGAAUCGAAACCUUUCCAAUGCGAGAUAUGCCAGAAACGUUUUACCAGCAAAGCAUACCUCUUGAAACAUGUCAUGCUACACGACGGUGAAAAACCUUUCUCGUGCGAUGCAUGUGACAAGUCAUUCAGCCACAAGUCAAAUUUGCAGAAACAUUAUCUUACUCAUGAUCCAGAAAAGGCCAAACGAUAUCUCUGUCUUGUAUGUGGUAAAGAUUUCACAUCUAAAGCCUACUUGAAAAAGCAUGAUUUGAUACAUAAGGGACAAAAACCUCACGUUUGCAAUAUUUGCAGCAAGGCCUUUACACUGAAAACAAACCUCCAGAAGCAUUACUUGACGCAUUCAGAUCGAAAACCAGUGCAUAUUUGUGAUCUGUGUGAUAAAGGUUUCACAUCCAAAGGCUAUUUAGAGAAACAUCGGCUCAUACACAUUGAUGAGCGACCUCAUGUGUGUGGUGUUUGUUUCAAGGCUUUUACAUUGAAAACAAAUUUACAUAAACAUUAUUCUACACAUUCCUCCUUAAGACCGUAUGUGUGUAAAGAAUGUGGUAAAAGUUUUAAGAUGAAAGUUGGUCUUGAUCAGCAUUGUGCAGUCCAUUCAAAUGAGAAGCCAUUUGCAUGUGAUGUGUGCCCUAAAUCUUUUAAAAAUAGAAGUGCUUUGGAAAGACAUGAGCGGUCCCAUUUCAUAGAAUAA